GUCCCGUCGUCGCACUCAAAUCUACCUCCGAAUCGCCCACUCUUUCAGCCCAUAAAGUUGCCCUUCUCCUCCACCGGACCCCACAGUCCUAUACUUGUAUCUCGGUCGCGGUCUUCUCCUCGACAUAUCAUGCAAAGUCUGCAGAUUUUACGAGGACAAGGAAACGCAAGAUGCCGGCUCUCGAGAAAAAGAUGAGCGCUGCCGAGGUCAAGAAAGAUCAGGAUGUGAAGAAGGCACCUAUACAUUAUCCCUUCUGGUUUGGUGGAAGCGCAAGCUGUUGUGCGGCACUAUUCACUCAUCCUCUAGAUCUCAUCAAGGUCCGAUUACAAACACAAGCACACGAUGGCCCCCGAAGGAACAUGCUUCAGAUGUUCGUCCAUGUCGCUAAGGACGAUGGUGUUCGUGGAUUAUACCGCGGUCUCUCCGCCGCCCAACUCCGCCAAUUGACCUACAGCAUGACGCGCUUCGGCGUCUACGAGGAACUCAAGGAGAAGUUUACCACACCCACGAAGAAGCCGUCCUUCCUCACACUCGUUGGCAUAGCCUCCGCGUCCGGAUUCCUGGGCGGGGUGGCAGGAAACCCAGGUGACAUCCUCAACGUGCGCAUGCAACACGACGCUGCGCUCCCUCGCGAGCAGCGCCGGAACUAUAAACAUGCCCUCGACGGACUCAUCCGUAUGGCGCGGGAGGAGGGCGUAACCUCGCUGUGGAAAGGCGUGUGGCCGAACUCGUCUCGAGCAGUCCUCAUGACUGUCGGACAGUUGGCAACGUACGACGGGUUCAAGAGCACUUUGUUGGAAUACACAAGUCUCAAGGACAAUCUGUUUACACAUUUCACGGCAUCCUUCCUUGCCGGUUUCGUCGCUACGACUAUCUGUUCCCCUGUCGACGUGAUCAAAACCCGCGUUAUGAGCUCGAACGAUAAGAAAUCGAUCGUCAGCCUCAUCAAGGACACUACACGCGCUGAGGGGCUCCGCUGGAUGUUCAAGGGCUGGGUACCUAGCUUCAUCCGCGUGGGUCCCCACACAGUCCUCACAUUCCUCUUCCUCGAGCAGCACAAGAAGCUGUAUCGACAAUUCUCCAGUACCGAUUAAAAGACCCUCAACAUAACCCAUUGGUACACAUUUCUGAUGUUUCUCUUUCUUUUCCGUUUGCGCCUGAAUUCGCUGUUUUUGGGAGGUCAGCUUUUCGCACCCAUGCGAUUGUUGCUCUACUUUAUCGCAAGCUCUCUUGUUCGCAUGCAUUCAAAGGCGUUUAUUACUUACUGCUGCAUUGGCUGGGGGUACAUAGAUCUGUGUGUUUGCUCAUAGACCACGUACAUAUACCGACUUAUAUAGACAUAUAUGCAUGCCAAUGCGAACCUUAUCAUUAC